GCUUCAUUACAUCGGCACGCAGAUUGUGCAGGAACGCGAUCGGCAGCAACGGCUUUACUUGCUGCAAACACUCCUGGACCAGGAGAUCAACAAGUAUCUGAAAGACGAUACGCCUGUGCCUGCACAGAUGUUGGCUCCGCAUGCUGGGCAGAGGAAGCCGCUACCUGGAGAUGUUGCAUCGCUGCUGCGGAUUAAUCGCCACGAGGCACGGGUGCUGUCAUCGAAAGCGCGCGCGCCGUACAUGGUCAUGAUGGAGGUAGAAGAGAAGCAGUUGACCUCAAACAGUCCGGGUCGACCCGGGCUUCUGAGGCGGCUAUGCGGAGGACGAAAGUCGCCUGUCCAGGCGACCCACCAUUUCGCUGCAGUCCCGCCAAAGAGCUGGCCUCCAGAAGACUGCUCUCCGUCCACUUCGAGAAGCAGCAGGGAAGCGCGCCCCAAAGGCGCCUUCCAUGAUGAGACCUGGUCCGAGGUUGUACAGCGCGUGCGGACGCAGAGCGACUUUGGGCGACGGCCGAAUUGGAGCAUGAUUCCGUUGAUCGUCAAGAGCAACGCUGAUGAUGUGAGACAAGAAGAGCUCGCCUACCGCCUGCUCAAGUGGUUCGAGAGGGUGUUUAGAAAGCACAAUCCAAAACUCUGGCUGCAGCCGUUCCUCAUCAUCGCGACGACCCACGACGGGGGAGUUCUGGAGGUCGUGACGAAUGCCAUCAGCAUCAGCGAGCUCAAGAAGUCGUAUGGUCAGAAGUGGGUCUCACUCAAAAGGUACUUUGAGGACAACUUCACCGGAGAUGACCGGCCGCACGGAUUUGGUAGAGAAAAGUCUGUGUCUUUGCGCACCGCGACCAGCAACUUCAUCUACUCCAUGGCCGCGUACUCGGUGAUCUGCUUUGUCCUUGCUAUACGAGAUCGGCACAAUGGCAACAUCAUGCUCAAUGAUGAGGGCCAU